UUUGGGCUCGAAAGACCCCACAGUGGGCGGUGAGGCGGUCUUCCGGACCUCGCAGAACCAAUGCGACCGUGGAAGAGACGGCCGCAAUGCCUGGCAUGUGUGGCUGUCCUUUGUGCCUUGGCGGCCAAUGCCUGGUGCUUCUUACACCACAUGCUAGGACCAGGACCCGAAUCAGAUCGAGGUGAAGCCGUCCAGGCGCGCCGUGCGCUGCUGGCAAGCCUAGUGGCUGGCUUUCCAGCCCCAGCGGUGGCUUUCCGAAAUUCCAAGCCGAAGGCCAUAAAGGCUGGAGAGGCAAUGCCUGACCUUGAUCCUGACUACCCGCCUGCACCCUCGGAUGACCCAUGGAUCCGCGGCUUGCAAGCCAAGUCUUGGGAAAGAGAGCCAAUUACCAGGACCAGAUUCUAUUUGAUGGAUGAAAUGACGAAGAUUCAGCCUAACCCUUUUGGUGAGAAAAAGGAUAUGAUCCGCUGGAACGAGGAUCCUGUGAAAUGGGACGUCGUUUCCGCGCAAGACCGCCGGACAGCUGAGAAUUUGGGCCCCACUCUUGGAUACCCUGACCUCACGAGUGAUGCGAUGGGAUGGCAGUCCUAUAUCUACACUGCAGCUGAGGACCGUGACUGGGCCGCCAAGAAUCUCAAUAUCACGCAAACGAUUGAGCUGGACAAACCCUUCCAGGAGCAGCUGAAGCUCAUUAGAUCGCGCAAAUUUGGCGUGGAUUGAUGGGAGCUUGGUUUAGUCAUUGUAGCCACGUAGAACGUGCAGAAACGAUCGGAAGAGCAAAGACGUCA